UUUAAACAGGAGACUGCGAAAAACGAAUUUUCACCUGGACUACAAUCAGAUUAUUCUAUACCCAAAUGGUUUUGCCCAGAGUUUCGAGUAGUCCUUCUAUCAAGGCAGCUGUAUCUCCCGUGGGUGUUCAAGAAAACAAGAAUUCAACACAAACCCAAAUGGAAAUGAGGUCGUCAAUUGGCUCAGACACAAAAUUCAGGAAAGUUCUGGAGUCUGCUACCUCGGAUCGAACUGAAUUUGCAAGUUCUAAUGAGGGUUCCUCUGUUUCUAGGAAAAUCCCAAAUGGCGAAACGGUGUUGAAAAAUCCAAUUCUGUCAAUGCCACAAUGCAGAGAAACAAAGGCUAACCAGAAGCCUCCCGAGCCCCCAAAGGACUACAUUCAUGUAAGAGCAAGAAGGGGUCAAGCUAUUGAUAGCCAUAGCCUUGCUGAAAGAGUAAGAAGAGAGAAGAUCAGUGAAAGAAUGAAGCUUCUCCAAGACCUCGUGCCAGGUUGCAAUAAGAUGUGUGUGAAUGGAAAAGCACUUAUGCUUGAUGAAAUUAUAAACUAUGUGCAGUCACUGCAACGACAAGUCGAGAUAAGUUAG